AAAAAUUAUAAUAGUAGUGUGUAUAUUAAGUGCAGCGGUAAAAGCUACUCCAUAAUAUUCCUCUAUUCUAACAAACAAUUUAUAAGUAUUUGUGCGUUUGUUUAGUCAUCACAUCACAUCACAUCAGCAAACGGUUUGCUUAUGUGUUAUGUAUAUAAUCCCCACCAUUUAAAAAAUAAUAUAAAAUAAAGUUAACUCCCGACUGCGAGACAGCAAAGACACUACACGAUAACUCAGCACUUUUAGUAAUACUUUACACGUUCACCGACUGGUAAUCAUUGAUAUAUUGUUGUACAUAUUGUUUUUUUUAUCAUAAUUUAAAAAUAGCAAGGAAGAUAUUUCAUUUCUUCAGCGUAAUUUUAAUAUACGUGUUUGCUUUUAAAUAUAUAUUAGGUCUUUGAUCUUUUAUUUGACCUCUAGUUAAUCAUCAUGGUAUCGUUGAUGUCAAGAUUAAAAACCACCAGAAUAGUAAAUAGUGUUUCAUUAAUACGACAAAUGUCAACUAAAGUAAUGACUGAUGGUGAGGAUAAAAUAAAUAAUAAAGAAGUAAGAAUAAGUUAUCUUGAUGGUAAGGACAAUGGGAUAGCGGUUUUGGGACUGGAACGUCCUGAGGCAAGAAAUGCAUUCAGCAAAAAUCUUGUGUCCCAAUUGACCGAAGCCGUUGAUGCGAUACGUAACGAUGAGAAAGUUAGAGUACUCAUAAUUCGCAGCCUGGUACCGAAGAUAUUUAGUGCUGGCGCUGAUUUGAGGGAACGAUUUAAAAUGACGGAAAAUGAAGUUGAAGAAUUCAUACAUUCACUGCGUAAUUUUAUGAGAAAUGUCGAGACAAUGCCAACGCCUGUUAUUGCUGCUAUUGAUGGUGCGGCCUUGGGAGGCGGAUUAGAAUUAGCACUUGCUUCUGAUAUAAGAACAGCAGCCAGUGAAUCUAAAAUGGGCCUUGUUGAGACCAAAUGGGCAAUUUUUCCUGGUGCUGGUGGUACAUUACGACUGCCACGGAUUGUUGGCCCUGCAGUUGCCAAAGAACUUAUUUACACAUCGAGAAUAAUUGAUGGAGAGGAAGCUAAAAGUAUUGGGUUGAUUAAUCAUGUUGUUAAGCAAAAUAAAAUGGGCGAUGCUGCUUAUCACGCAGCACUUGAUAUUGCCAGAGAAAUUUUACCCAAUGGACCUAUCGGUGUUAGAUUGGCGAAAGUUGUAAUGUCACAAGGAUUUGAAAUUCCUAUUGAAGAUGGAUUUGAAAUUGAGAAAAAGUGUUACAGCAAAUUACUUAAAACACAAGAUCGGAUUGAAGGAUUGGCGGCAUUCUCAGCUAAACGUGUUCCCAUUUACCGAGGAGUAUAAAAAAAAUAUUACGUAAUUGUUUUUUUUUUUUUUUAUUUUAUUAAACCUUUCUGUUGUCCUUAUUUUUAUAUUUUAAAUAACUGUUACUUUAUAAUACUACUGUGAUAUAUUAAGUUUUUUUUUGUAUUUUA